CGCUCUGAAGUCUUCCGGCCCCGCCCCCGCCCCUUCUCUUUAUCAUCCGCCUCCCCCGGUGAAAUGGCCAUAUUCUCCGCUCCCUGUUCACCCGACUUGGAAGACUCCAUCUGACGCUGAAGCAGCGCUUACAAACCCCGGGACAUCAUGGCAUCAGGUGUUGAAGUAGACGACGAAGCGGUCAACUUGUUCACUGACAUGAAGAUGAGGAAGUAUACUGAAACUCCGGAUGGGAAAAAGAUCAGAAAGAAGGCAGUGGUGUUUUGUAUCAAUGGCGACAAGAUCGUUACUGAAGCAGACAAGGAAAUCUUGUCAGUCGACGAUGACGAGGAGCACGAAGACCCCUUGAAGAGCUUCAUCAACCUGUUACCAGAGAACGGCUGCAGAUAUGCCCUUUACGACGCCGCAUACGAGACCGAGGAUAACAAAAAGUGCCAGGACCUCGUCUUCGUCAUGUGGUCUCCAGAUACCUGUGGAGUCAGAGACAAAAUGCUGUAUGCGAGCUCCAAAGACGCCAUCAGAAAGAAGUUUACAGGACUCAAACACAAUUGGGAGGUGAAGGGAAGGGAGGACCUCGAGAACCGCUGCACGGUGGCGGACAAGCUGCGCGGACAUGGAGCAUGUUUGAAAACCCUGGAGGGCAAACCGCUGUGAUGUCACGGCGGCGAGCAGAGCCCAGCCAACCGCCGUGCCAUUCAGACCGACGCUUCCCCCCCAUCCCCCACUUGUUCUGUCAGCCCCCCUCCCCUCCCCAUAGCCCGUUCUUUUUUUUUUCUGUUCUGCUUUGUAAAAUACAGGGAUCUCAUUAAUAUAACGCUAUGCAAACCCUGCCCAGUCUGUUACCACAUGACUUUAGGGUCAUCUCUCUUUCAGAAUUUUGGCAAAAAAAAAAAAGUCAAUGUGACAAAAGCAGCGCCCCCCCUCCCCAUGAGGGAGGAGACCAUUGGUGUGAAGCUCCGCCUCCCACCACCCACGGGUCAGUUCCACCGAGCUUUUUUCCACGUGACUUUUAUUGUUGUAAGCUGUUAUCGACUAUGCAUCCGCAGCGCAGCGCUUUGUGUUCUCACACUACAUUCUGCCUGCCCGCCCUCACUCUGCCCGUUUUGUCGUCGCCUUACUUCCAUUUUGAAUGUAACCGAGUUGGGGUGCAAUUCUUAUUUUUGGAAAGAAACAUUACAGGACGCAGAUUUCACCCCGGCGUUGAGACGGCCCCACAACAACAACGACAAACGAACGGACAGAAAGAUGACAUCUGGAGCCUUAAAGCAGAAUUUUGUUUUCUGAGAUCACAGGAAACCACUUUGCAAUAAAAGCGUGUGGCGGA